GAAGGAGGAGGGCGCCCCUCUGCCUGGCAGGUGGGGGUACCCAGCUCCACCCAGGCAGCCUGACCCGAGGCCAUGGUGAUCCAACAGGUAGGCGGCAGAGGGAGCGUGGCAGCUGAGCUUCUGGACAGGAGAAGGGGCAGUCGCUGCGAGGACAAGAAACAGACGCUGUUGGCAUUGCUGAUCUUGGUACUGUACGUGGGCACAGGAAUAUCAGGAAGAAGUUGGGAGGUGUCAGAAAGGAUCAGAGAAUGUAACUAUCCCCAGAAUCCUGUGGCUUCCCAGGGAUUUGAAUACCAGUCCAAUGAACCCGUAGAAGAGCCAAUAAAGGUCAUCAGGACCUGGUUGAAGGAAAACUUGCAUGUUUUCUUGGAGAAGCUAGAAAAAGAGGUGCGAGAGCUCGAGCAGCUGGUGCGGGACCUGGAGGAGUGGUUAGAUGCCCUUCUGGGAGAGGGGUGCCCCGAGGAUCCCUGCUCCAACUUCAAGAGCCACUUGUGAGGGCCCAGGGCUGGACCCUGGGGAGGCCGCCGAGUGGAAGCGGGGGGAAGGCUUGCCGGGGCCCCUCUGAUAAGAGCUGAGCUAUGACGCCUGAAUUUCAGAGCAGGCAAGAAAAUAAAAUAGUUGAGACCCUAA